AACAAUCCAAAUCCAUCUCCUAAAUUCUGCAUUCCUUCCAUUAAAUGGCCCCACCCCCAUUCUAAAAUCUAUUCAAAUUUCCCCAUUCCUCAAACAUAUAUACACAUAUUUAUAAUCAUCCAACUUUUCUUUUAUACACAAAAAGAGUAAAUGAGCAACUACUUUUUCUUUCCUGCUAAGUAGCAAUAGAUGGCUUUCUCUUUCACAAUAGCAUGACAUCUAUUAUGUAUAUAUGCUGCUUUUUUCUAAAUUUUUUUAGGUGUUGAAAUACUCUUCAUUUGAAGAAUGCCUUCUUCUCAUAAGCUCGUGGCUGUUGCUCUACCCGUAGGCCUCAACAUUCUCAAUCUCCGACCAUCAAUCGCCUCGUUGCUAGACCAUCCAACGAUGGAUUCUAGCAGCAGAUACAAGGUGAGUCGUGAACUGUCAUUCGAGAUCAAGCUCCACGGGUUUCUCCUCUGGGCUUCAGUCGGCUUGCUCAUGCCAGCUGCCAUACUGGUAAAGAGAAUGUCUAACAGAGAAGAAUCUGGGAAGAGGCUCAGAAUCAUAUUCUAUAUACAUGCUAUUACACAGGUAGUCUCAGUACUACUUGCUUCAGCAGCAGCAGUAAUGUCAUUAAAAUACUUCGACAACUCUUUCAACAACGAUCACCAGAGAAUAGGCCUCGCCUUUUACGUUAUCAUGUGGUUACAAGCACUGGCUGGCAUCUGCAGGCCGCACCGGGGAAGCAAAAGCAGAAAUAUUUGGUUUAUUUUUCACUGGCUAGUUGGAAUAAUUGUAUCUUUACUGGGAGUUAUCAACAUAUACACUGGCCUAGAAGCCUACCACAAGAGAAGUUUAAAGAAUGUGAGUAUUUGGACAAUCCUUUUCACAGUUCAGGUCUCUCUCACACUCUUCGUGUAUCUCCUACAAGAAAAAUGGCAUUAUAUUCGCAAACAAGGGGCAAUACUCGGGAAUAAGCCGGUGCAACCUACCAGCGAUCGAGAGAUGAUCACGGAGUCCCAGCAGAAAGAAACAAGUGAACAUUGCUGAUGAUACAUGUGAUUUUUUUUUAGUAGUAACAUAGUCAUAUUUGCAUUGAUAUUGGAUUUGGUUUCAUUUUUAUGUAAA